AUGGCGGGCGUUUACAGUGAUCUUACACGGAAGGGGGACGAAUUAUACCGGGAAGGCCUGUACGAGGAUGCUCUAGCGAAUUUUACUGCCGCCAAAUUGGUUUUCCUCGAUUGCUGGCCCAGUGCUCUCGAACACCGGGACUUAGUAGAGCUCAAGGCGCGGGCUGCCAAAUGCCUUCAAAAGCUCGGGCAAUUCGAGCGGAGUGCCUCGCUGAACUCCGAGGUUCUUCAAGUCCGGGAAAAACUCAGCCAGGGUAAUCCCAGGUUAUUGACUGCCAGAGAAGAACUUGCCCAUGACCAUACUGGUCUAGGUAAUCAUAAAACGACGAUUUCACUUCUAAGAAAAAACCUACAUGCUCUCAGAUCCAGUCCGUUAUUUGGCAACGACCAUGAAUGGACGUUGAAGACUGUAUGCUUCCUGGCGAAGGCUCUGAGUGAAGAUGGAGACGAUCAACAAGCCCUAACUCUACUAGAGGUUGCGCUGCCUGUGGCGACGAGGAAGAGUCCUACAGCCUCGUAUAUCACCAUGGCACAGAUCACCCUGGACCGCUUGAAAUUGAAGCUUUCUGCCGAGAAAGGUUUAUCAAAGUCCCUCUCUCCAGAGCAGACUAUGUCAAAAAGCCCAACCAUACCGCAAGAAACCCCCAGAUCACUAGCUCAAAAGCCUGAUAUGCAGCAAGAAAGCCAAACGACCGGCCCCAAGUCUCCGUCAAGUGCACUGACGAUCAAUCAAAAGCCUGUGCAGCAGCUCGCCAAGGACAUAAUGCAGGGGAAGAGGGGAAGUGACCUAGAAAAGAAGGCGGGAAAAAGGGAGACAACAGAGCGAAAGACGCAAGACAGGAUGCAUAAAGACAACAAGCCGCACGAGCAGCAGGGAAAUCAGCAGAAGAUAAGAGAAGAGAGAGCAUACCAGGAGAAAGCAAGAUCAGUACAGGAGGGACAGGAGAAGGAAGCUGGAAGAUUGCAAAAGGAAAGGGAAGAGAGAGAGUUGCGAGCCAAGAAAGCAGAGGAGAGGCGCGCAAAGGAAAGGGCAGAGAGGGUAGCACGAACGAAGAAACGCCAAGAGGAGCAAAAAGAGGAAGAGCGACAGGAAAGAGAGCGGCUAGAGAAAGAGUCUCUGGAGAGUAAGCAGCAAGAAGCCGAGCGAUUGGGAAAGGAGCAAGAAGAGAAACUUCGACACGAGCGAGAGCGAGUGGAAGAACAACGACUCGAGAAGGAACGCCUGGAGAAGGAACGUCUGGAGAAGGACCGCCUGGAGAAGGACCGCCUGGAGAAGGGACGUCUGGAGAAGGACCGCCUGGAAGCAGAGGCCCAAGAACAGAAGGCAGAAGAAGACAGAGAGAAAAAGAGGAAAGAAGCACAAAAGAAGGCCCGGCGUGACAAGGCUCAAUUGGAGAGAAAGCGCCUGGACAAAGAGAUCCAGGAGAACCGAAGACUGGAGAAGCAGGAACCUGAGAGUGGCAGGCUACAGCAAGAGCUAGAAGAGAAAAGUUUACUCGAUGAAAAGGCAAAGGGGAACAGAGCCCGUUGGAAACAAAAAGACGACAUUUCCCGUGCUGGAAUGCCCAAGGAAGCACCCUCUACCGCUGCUGAUCGACUUGCUCAUUCCGAAACGCAGGCCAACGCAGGCAGAUCAUCACAUUUAGCAAGCUACGACCCGACGCUUCGCAUUACGCAAAGCCUUACUGCCGACACCCAACCAGAGCAAAUACCAGGAAGAGGACGAUGCGAGCCCAAUCCGGUUCAAGAAUCAACUUUGCAAGUGACCGGUUCUCCGCAGCCCUCGACGCCGGCUGCAUUAGUUCAAGGCCUUGGAUGCAAUGAGCCAGACUCAGGCCAGACAGGGGGUGUUCGAGCCUCCUCAGAGAGCGAUCUCAUUCAAGUUCCAACUACCGAGGAUGAGGGUUUCCCACCGAAGCCUCCACUCCGACGGAGGUGGCAAGAUGCAAAUUGCUAUAAAGUCGGCAUUGUAUGUGCUCUAUGGGUGGAAUAUUUAGCAGUACGCGCCUUGUUCGACGAAAUCCAUCCCAUGAGCCCUGUCGCUCCUGCGGACUCGAAUACUUACGCCCUCGGGAAGAUGAAUGGGCACAAUGUCGUCGCUGCUUGUCUCCCCCAUAGCGAAUAUGGUACCAAUUCUACUGCAGCUGUUGCGACAAACAUGAAGAGAAGUUUUCCAUCGGUCAUGUUCUGUCUGCUAGUUGGCAUUGCUGGAGGCGUUCCGUCAGAAAGAAAUGAUAUCCGUCUUGGAGAUGUGGUCGUGGGCAGCCAGGUCAUUCAGUAUGACAUGGGAAAAGCCCUUGUUAACGGUGGGUUUCAACGGUCUGGGGCACUUCAAUCUUCUCCGAUUCAACUGAGAACCGCCCUCAGCAGUCUCAGAUCUGACCCUUGGCCUCCACAUGAGCUCCUACAGCGCUACAUUCGGAGCAUUGCAGGUCGGAAGGGCUACAAGUACCCAGGGCUUUCCAAAGACCGCCUAUUUUCCAGUGAAUACGCACAUGAUCCCCGAAAGCAUACAUGCGAUUCCUGUGAAAGUGCGCAUCUUAAAUUACGGAAGCCCCGUUCAAAUGACCGCCCUGUUAUUCACUACGGGAUAAUCGCAUCAGGGAAUAAAGUCAUCAAGGAUGCGGAGCUGCGCGAUAGCCUGAGCGAGAAAUUGAAUGAUCGAUGGAAUGAAAACCUGACUCUAGGAAAUGAGGUUCUCUGCUUCGAGAUGGAAGCCGCUGGCAUCAUGAAUAUCCUCCCAAGUCUGGUCAUCAGAGGCAUAUGCGAUUAUUCGGACAGCCAUAAGAACAAAGAGUUUCAAGGAUAUGCAGCCGCAACGGCCGCUUCAUAUGCGAAGCUCUUACUCAGCUAUGUGAAUACGAAUUCCGGCACAAAUGAAGGAAUUACGGAAAUAUGUAUUGUAUGCUAG